CUUCUUUUGUCUUCAUACGAAAACAUCAAACCAAGAACUCACAUAAACUGAAUCAAGAACAUAGCAUAUAACUCAAAACACCAUAAGGAUCAUUGGUGCUAGUUAUGGAGAACGACAUAUGCAAGAAAGGAUCGCCAUCAAUGUCAAGAAACUCAUCGGUCGGAUACUACUAUCAACGGAGGUCGUCGGAGGGUGUUCCUUUCAAGUGGGAAAUGCAGCCAGGGACUCCAAUUAAUACUCAGCCGGUGGAGAUUGUUCCUCCGCUUAGUCCUCCUCCGGCCAUGCUCAGCCACGGCUUCCCCAAGCCAUCCUUCCCGGUCGAAGAGCCAAAGCACUUUGUGUUUCCUACGAAGCUGAAGCUGCGAAAAUGGAAAUAUAUUCGUUGCAAGAAAUAUUUCUCUAGAUUGGCUAACAAAAUGGUUUUGCCUUCGAUUCGUUUGUACCCUGAGAAACGGUAGAUGGACACCAUUGAAUAAUUC